AGUUGGGGGGGACAUCCGAUCGCCUUGUGAACAAUUCUGAUAUGGUUUCAAGUUUUAUUGUAUUGAAAUCGGACCUUUCUUUGCAAACUGUGUGUCUUGUUAUAAAAAUAUGACUCUUUAAAGUCGUAAGGAACCGAAAUAAUUGUUCAAUAUUUGGAUAUCUGAAAAUUCAAAGAUUGUUUUUGGCAUGAUGUUCAGUUGGAAUAAGAAUGCUUUCGAAGGACGUUGAAUAAAGACUUUAAUAUAGAGAUGCCAGCCUAAUUUUCAGAUGGUGUUAGAUGACGAUGUCAUCACAAGAUGAGGGGUAUCGUGGGCACCACAAGGGAAGUCGUGAGCACCACGUCACCUCUAGGGAUGGCGGACAAGGCGAGAGACACCACACCACAGCUCACCUCUCCACCAAGACUCGAACCAAAGAUUCCUCCACAGACACAGGGGGCAGGUCUGAAGAGGAGGGAACCAGCAAGCAGGCUCACUCAUCCAGUCACCACAGAAGCCGGGAACCAUCAAGUGGUUCACGGGGCGAGGAAGAACCAAGUUCAAGCAAGACUCGUGACGCUUCUGUGGAGACUGUAGAUCGUGGGGUAGGGCCAACUCCAGCUCCGCCUCCAUCACAUGUGGACCCUCGCUCGCUCCCUCAUCCAUACUACCUGCCAUCGAGCUUCAUAGAUCCAAGGAAUGGGUUAGAGCAGGCUAAUCCAUACAGUGCUAACCCAUAUGGUAUACCAGGAUUUCCAUACUACCAUGUUCCAUACCCCAUCAACCCACCACUGCCACUGAACGCCCAAACUCUAGAGGGACGCUACAACUGGCCACCACCACCUCCAGGCUUCCACCAUCCCAUGCCAGGAUUACCCGCUAGUCCAUCACAUACUGAUGUCUCAUCCCUGUACGGACUACGGAGCCCGAUGGCGCCCAGCGAGUCUGUGACUGCUCUUGCCUCAAGAAUACACUGGGAACAACUACGUCAGAACUACUUAAGUCCGGUAUCUGGAAGGCGAUAUAGCCCUGGUUCACUCCCAGGUAGGGGAAUACAGGAUUACGUUGCAUUAGCUUCCCAAACGCAUGGCAUGGCCUAUCCAUGGCCCACUGGUGUACCUUUUGGCAGUAGUGGUGGUACAGGAUAUCCAAGCGACUACCCAACAGGGUUCAGCCCAUAUGGCCCACGCAGUAUGUUCACCGAUGUACCACCCACCCCAGGUAGUGGCAGUGUAACUCUCCCUGGAUCCAUUGAAAAUAGUUCCCGUCAAACUAGUCCUAGGCAUAGUAUUAUUACAAAGAGUCGUAAACGAGCAUUAUCGCACUCUCCCAUAUCCGACUACCUCGACAUACAGAGCCUUACGCGCAGCUCCGAGGGAUCGCUACAGCUCACUCCACUUCUUGGAGCCCCACAUUCAGCUUCCAGGAGCUCAAGUGCAGCAAGUGGCUCAUACGGACAUCUUUCAGCAGCGUCACUUGGGGCCCUGAGUCCAGCAAAUCACCCUCAGAUGCCUUCCAACCCCUACCUCCGUCCAGGGGCUAAUUUUCCAGCACCACCCUUCUUUCACCCAGGUAUGCCCCAGAUGAUGGGACGCCUGCCCCCUGGUGCUCCACUUAUGAUGCCAUCUACCUCACAACCCCACACUGUUCUACAGCCUCAACCCCAGACACAGAAACCAGAAACACAGUCCCAGAUCAGCACGACAACGAAGGAAGCAGGCAGUAGCGUGGUCAGCAGCACUGUAGAGGCCGGGUACCAGGAUAUGAAAAGAACAAAGAUCAAAGCUGAGAAAGAUCCUUAUCAUCAUCAUCAUCAUCACCAUCAUCACCCAAGUCAUAGUUUGUAUGAAGGUGAGGAAGGGGACGAAGGAGAUGAGAAACCUCUCAGUGGAGACACUCACCUGGCUCCCGGCCACGUACCACAGGAAGGGGAACCAGACUUUAUGGAAACCAACUGUCAUUGGGAAGAUUGUUCAAAGGAGUUUGAUACACAAGAGGAACUUGUUAAGCAUAUAAAUCAGGACCACAUUCAGGCAAACAAGAAGGCAUUUGUGUGUCGUUGGUCAGAAUGUAGUCGGGAGGAGAAACCGUUCAAAGCCCAGUACAUGUUGGUUGUACACAUGCGACGCCAUACAGGGGAGAAACCUCACAGAUGUACUUUUGAGGGAUGUAUGAAAGCAUACUCAAGAUUGGAGAAUCUCAAAACUCAUCUAAGAUCUCACACAGGCGAGAAACCCUACAUGUGCGAGUUUCCUGGUUGUACGAAGGCCUUUAGUAAUGCCAGUGAUAGAGCCAAGCACCAAAACAGAACACAUUCAAAUGCUAAACCAUAUAUUUGUAAAGCCCCUGGCUGUACUAAACGGUACACUGAUCCUAGCUCUCUUCGUAAACAUGUAAAGACAGUUCAUGGCCCGGAAUUUUAUGCAAACAAGAAACACAAAGGUGAUAUACCUCAGUCGUGCAAACUGGAAAAGAAAGAUGAAAAUGAACAACAUCAAGAUGAUAGUAGGGAGGAAGGCACAACAAAGGUCGAGGAGUGCAUGUCAGUUGGGCCGCUGCAGACGUCAUCUGGUGAUAGACGUAGCUCACAGGAUAAUGUUGGCUCAGUAAUACAACAGCAUCCUUCACCGCAAAGUAGUCCGGAGGUCAAUGUAACCAAUAAUCUCCAAUCAGAGAUGGAUGAUCACAUGACCUCAGGGUCACAGGUCAUUGCUGUGGGCCAGAGUGGAGGAAUGGAAGAAGAUGCAGACGUUCCGGAACCAGAUGAAGCUGAAGUCCCUGGUUCAGAUAAUCUGGUUGUAAUGAGGCAAAAUAGACUGAAUACAAGUCGAACGCUUCAGAAACGUAAUCUACAGAAAAAUUUGGCGCUACUUCCUCCAGUUGGCCAUAACAGAGCACGUAAAGAAGGUGGAGGCCAUUUGCAGACGUCACUUACUGAUCUCAAACCACCAGCAGUUCCCAACCACAGCAAACGUAUCACAGAUCUCCAUAGUGGUGGUGAUUCCCACAGUACUAAUAUGUUCCGUACAAGGCGAGACAGCAAUACAAGUACACUCAGCUCAUACUACAGCAGUUUACGUUCGGACAAUAGUCCGAACCCAUUCGGCAGUCUUGCUUCAAGCAGACGGUCAAGUGAACUAUCAACGAACCGUCUUAGUAUCACGAACUCUCCAUACGAGUAUGAUAUCACGGGAAAUCGACCAUAUCAUUCACGUAGAUCAUGUAACAGUGACUCAAGUGCGAAUAUGAGUCAUAUGGAGGCUCAGUUCCAAAAGACAAAUCUUGGCAGCCAGCCAAACUUACAAUCGCAGUCAAACUCGGUGAAUUCUAGUAUGCAUAGUCCGUCUAGUAAAUAUCAGCAGGAGAGAAUAGCGAGAUUUCUCGCAGCAAGACAGGAUAUGAGUAGUGCGAGAAACAGUGCUCAUAGCACACCAUGUCGAACUCCGUUACCAAACGAAAUGCCAAAUAAGGAUGCUAGAAGGGCCAGUGAUCCUGUAAGGGCAAUGGACCCUAAUUUUAAUGGUGCCUUAAAACAGUUACAGCGAUUUCAUAGUUUAAAUAUGGGCAAACCGCUCCCUGUGCCACAGGGACGUAGUUUACGCCACAAAUCAGGGUCUCGUAAUACGUUUAAUUCUUCACGAAGUAGUAUAGCAACAGAUCCAGAUCAUAGUAACGGUGAAUUUGACAGUCAGAUAAUGGAUACUGAUACAGAGGCAGCUUUAGAAGAAAAAAUGUUAGAAGAUAAUGAGGAUAUGAUUAUUCCGGACGAUAUGCGUAGGUUUUUGAAUGAAAGAUAUGGGGAUGGACAUUCGCUUUAUUCAUAUGAUCCUAAUGCAUUGACAGAAUCGGAAAUUUUCUAUUUACAACAAGGUGCGUGUGGUGCUAAUAAUAAUAAUCAGACUGGCGGUAGUUUUGCGCAGCAUUCACAUGAUGGAUCUAGUGGCGGGAACCAGUUUUCUGCAAACAAUUCUGUUCAGGGAAUGCAAGCGCAAAACUUUUACAAUUCAAACAGUGGAAUGCCAAAUAAGGAAAAUAUGAAUUAUAAUAUGAACCCAAAUAUGGAAAAUAUGCAAAUGAAUUCACCUGGUCACAUGACCAACAAUAUGCCACCUGAUCAAAUGUUAUUACAACAUCAGUUAUCACGUGAAAACACUGCAGCAUGGGUUCAACGACAGAAUGCCCAAAAUCUACCUCAGUCGCAGGGCAUGUUCCCGCCCGUCACCCCAACCCAGGAACCAAAUGUUUUGUCUCAUGGGAACAUGCCUCCUCCAAAACCAAAGGAUAGAAACAUGAAUCCAAAUGUGAACUGGAAUAUGAUGAAUGCAAACAUGCAGCACAUGAAUAGUAACACUCAGAAUAUGCAUCCCAUGAUGCAUUCCCCGAUACCUCCCAAUAUGCCCGCGCCACACCCACCCCUCACACCAAAAUCUGGUCAUAGCAUGAAUCAUCCACAUUAUCCUGUAAAAAUGAAUCAAAUGCAUCCUAAUCAAACACAGAUGAUGCAGAAUCAAAUGAUGCAAGGUCACAUACCACAUCCGCCAUCAACGAAAUUGGAACGAGGUAGUCCACAAGUUCAAGUACCGCACAUUAGCCAGUCGCAGAUCCCUCCAAGGGCCAAGGCAGCCAAUAGAAAUCAGAUGAUGCAGCAACAACAACAACAAUCGUCUGAACAACAACAACAACAAAUGGGUCCACCCAAUCAAAAUGCUCUAAUGACUAUGCAAGGGAACAAUUUCCCGCAAAAGAUGUAUGGUGGAUAUUGUGGUCCGAUGAAUAUGCCCCAGCAGACGCAGCAACAACAGUAUCUUAACCCGCAAUAUAAUAACAUGAAUAUGCAGCUGGGACCCAUGAACAAUCAGGAAUUUAAUCCAAAUUGUCAGCAAAGUACACAAGAUCACAGGUCCCCAUUCAGUAAGUUAGAAAUGUCUCCAGGUUGUAACCAGGUUACAAGUUCAACGGAUGUUGUUGCGGAGCGUCCACAAGAAACGGAGGCUCCACCUAUUGAAAACUUCAUGGACAACUUAAAUUCUAUAUCAGCGGAAAAUUUUAUGGAUAACAUUAAUUCGAUAUCGCAGGAAAACAUGAAUAAUAUGUAUAGUCCGACUGCAAUGAGCAAUCGCUCAAACUCGCAGGCUUCGCGGUACAGUGCGGCUCUUAUGAACACGUCAAAUAUGGUUGUAAAUGACAUGAGUUCAACGAUGCUUCAGUUAGCGGAAGAAAAUAAAUAUUUCAGCCGCAGACAAUGAUUAAAUUCUAGAAACCAGUGUCAUAAUAGAAAGAAAUGUGUUCAGUUAUUUUUCGUGUGUCGAAUUAAAUGUAUUCAUUAUACAUGCUGUUAUAAAGUAUCAGAAAACUUGGAGUAUUUUCUAUUUCAGUCUCCUUGUUUGAAAAUUUAAAAAAUGAAUAUUCAGUGGUGAUAAAAGUUAUAUUUUUUCGAAAUGAUUUCGGUGAAAAGUAUUGGUUGUUGUCACCCAACAAUGGGUUGUGAGAUUAGGAUAAAAUAUUUUUUAUUGUUAAGGGUAUACAGUGGAGUUGUGUUCAAUACUUACUUGCUGGACUAUGUUGUUUAAUUUCUAUGUUACCAUGGUAACUCAAUGUAAAUGGAAUUCCAUUUUGUACAAAUAAAAAUCUCGAAUGCUAGAUUCUAAUUUUUUUACAUCGCCAAUUUUAAGUGAAGGUUAUGGUACGUUACAGCCAUUAAUAAAAAUUAAAUUUGAAAUACUGUGAAAUCAUUUAAUUUCGUGGGCAUUAAAUUUCGUGGUUUUGGUCAAAACGUCAGUUUCGUGGGGAUAUGAAUUCGUGGAUUACUACUUUUGAACAUAAAGUGAAUGGGAAUUUUACUUGUUCGUUGGGAUUAAAUUUUGUGGAUUGACUCAACCACGAAAAUUAGUCCCCCACGAAUAUUAAUGAUUUCACAGUAUUGAGAUCUUAAAAUACCAUUAGUUUUUAAAGCUGUCCUAAACACGUUUAUUUAAAGCUGUCCUUUUACAUUGAGAUACCAUAAAAUCUCUGAGGACAGUAGAAAUCCAGAGAUAUUUCAAGGGUAAAUACAAUUUAUGUGUUGUUUAAUAAUUCAGAUUUCAUUUUAAGCAGUCAAAUCUUGUCUUUAGUAGUCACUGAUGAAAAUUUCACAAAAUCUUGCUCACCCUGAAAUUUACAUAAUGGACUCUUCAAGCCUAUUUAAACUGGAUUGUUUCAAUGUGGCUUUUAGGGUGGGGAAGCAGCUCAGUCCAGGAUCGGAAUUACAGACAUUUUUUUAUUUGUUUUGAUACUUAAUGGAAAAAGUUGGAAGUGGGGAGACCUACGUUGCUGAGGGGUUAAGGUACCAGACUAUAGAUCUAUUGCCCCUCAGUGUUGUUGGUUCCAUGUUAGGGUGUAGAAUUUUCAAGUUUUGGGUUCUACCUGGGUGCUCAGCUGAUUUUGAAAUAAUGUUUGGAGAGGCCUCAGGGGUCUCUUUCUCUCUCCGUCAUUAAUGCAACCUCCCCAUACGACUAAUUUUGUCAAUGUGACAAUAAACCAUAUGAAACUAAAGAAAUGAUUUUAUCAUGUUGCUACUAGAGAAAAGAUAUGACUAAGGCUACAUCUUUUUUUGUUAUAUUUCUCUUGUUAAUUAUAUUUUGUAAUAAUAAUAUGCCAGUUUUAUAUGUGAUUUUAAAUUACAUAUAUUUUCUAUGUCAGUGUGAGGCAUUUAUUAAGCAUUUCUUUACAUUAUUGUUUUUAAUCAUUUGAUGAAAAAUGUGUGCUAUAUGAAUGAAAAGUGCUAUUUUUAUCAAAACUUUAAAUAAGGAUGUCUUUUUGACAGAUUUUAAACAAAAUUUUACAUAAUCAACUUGAUACAUAAUCAGCUUAAGGUUGUGCCCAAUUUAUUGUUUAUCAAAUAGUAUUUUAUGCUUUUUAUUGUUUUCUGUAAAAAAAAGGUAAAAUGAACCUCUCCAUGAGAAAACCAACGUAGUGCAUUUGCGACCAGCAUGGAUCCAGACCAGCCUGCGCAUCCGCGCAGUCUGGUCCGGAUCCAUGCUGUUCACUUUCAAAGUCUAUUGCAAUUAGAGAAACCGUUAGCGAACAGCAUGGAUUUUGACCAGACUGCGCAGAUGCGCAGUUUUCUCAUGGCGCAGCUCAAAUAUACUAAUAUUAACUGAUAAUGAAACUGCUCAUAUGACCUGGCUCCUAAAUCAGGGAUUCCUUUCUGAAAGACUUGAAAUUUCAAAACUGUUGUCUGUAAAAUGCAAGAUCUGCCUUUUUUAAAUAACAAAAAUGCUCACUUUAAAGCAGAGUCCCAACAGGCUUCAAAUCAGGGGUUCUUUAUUAAGCAAUUGAAAUGUUCAAGAAAUAUCCUCGUCUCUUUGAUGAGUAAUUACGUUAAUUUUAUUUUUUGCAAUACUCAGAAAAAGACAUUUUAGCUCAAAAAUAUUAUGGAAAAUAUGAAUAAUAGUCCCACUUAAGAGGGAAACUUGUUGUUUGCUCUUUAUUUCUAGCCGUCUAUUUACAAUACAGUCAAACCUUGUUAGAGCCCAUGGCUGAGAGAGCCAGGACUUUUAGUUUUAGACGGUCUUUAAUAACAGGUUAAAUUGCAAUGGAAAAUAAAACAGCAAGAUUGACUGUAUCUAUAGAUAAAAUCUGAUGUUUAAAUAUUUGAGCUUAGUCAUUAGAUUAGGGUACAAGUGCCUUUAAACAUUUCAAGAUGUACGAGUAUAAUGACUUUUAACCCUAGUUAAAAAAAUGUACAUGUACUUUAAAAUUUCAGUGUGUACAUAUAUGUGUGUAUUUGAAAGAGCUAAAAGUUUGGAUAUAUGUAUAUUUGAAUGAGAUUUUCUAAGAAAACUUGUUUUAAAGCAUAAAAUGUAGGGAAUUAAAUUCCAUUGAAUUUUGUCUAUACUAGUAUACAAAGUUUUAGGAGUGAAAUUCAACAUACUUCUUAUUUUUAGAGAUUAAAAAUUUAUGAAUCUCAUAGUAUCUAUAUGUUUUUGUGUUCAGGUUUUGAUAAUGUGAAAAUACUCGUAUGAAGAUAUGCAAGCCAAAGGCUUUUGUGUGAUUGUUAUAAACUUCAGUGGUUGAACUUCGUAAAUACUUCAGUGGUUGAGAUUUGUAAAACACUUCAGUGGUUUAGAUUUGUAAAAUACUUCAGUCAUUGAGAUUUGUAAAACACUUCAGUGAUUGAGAUUUGUAACAUACUUAAGUGGUCGAGAUUUGUAACAUACUUCAGUGGUUGAGAUUUGUAACAUACUUCAGUGGUUGAGAUUUGUGGAACUCUUCAGUGGUUGAGAUUUGUAAAACACUUCAGUGGCUGAGAUUUGUAAAAUACUUUAGUGGUUGAGAUUUUUAAUAUACUUCAGUGGUUGAGAUUUGUAAAACACUUCAGUGGUUGAGAUUUUUAAUAUACUUCAGUGGUUGAGAUUUGUAAAACACUUCAGUGGUUGAGAUUUGUAACAUACUUCAGUGGUUGAGAUAUGUAAAACACUUUAUGGUUGAGAUUUUCAGCAUACUUCAGUGGUUGAGAUUUGUAUAGCAAAUUAGAGAGUUUGAGAUUUCAAUUUCAUGCAUGCUGGACGUGAGGAUUUCCCAUGCUUUUCUGGUGCUAGAAGAACUCAUCAUACACCCUGGGUGUAAAAUGACUCACAUGCUGUGAUUUAUGAAUAAAUGUGUUAACUUAUAUGUUACUAUAAUAACAAUAGUACUUAAAAGAAAAGCUUUCAUUAUACCUUUAAAUCUUCUACAAAUUGAAGUAUACGGCAUGCAAGAAAAAGAAUCUAACUCUAGGUGAAGGUGCAGAUGGAAAUAUCUGGCUCUUGGGUAAAUGUUUUGGGGUAACUCGGCAGAGAUUCGUUACUGCCUUAACAGUUACCUUCGUGCCAGAUAAUCCUAGCUGCGCUUUCAACCAGUGAAAGAUUCUUAUAAUAAUGUAGAUAUUCAUUCAUGACAACAAACAUCUUUCUACAGAAACGGAUAAUUUUCCUGAUUAGAGGAAAUUCUUUGUUAAUCCACAUCUUCAGAUCAACAACCUUGGUACAGCAAACUAAAUUUUCAUCUUUCCAGCAGAGUUUGCUUUUGUGAGGUAGCACUGUACAUAGGAAUAUGUGUUAACUUAAGCUGUAAGAAACGUAGAAUAAAUUUCAUUGAGCUGCAUGCUUUCUGUAAAAAAAAAAACAGUUUUGAAUGUCAGAAUUAGAUUUCACAAGUGUCUGUAAGAACAUUGACAUGUUUUAUGUAAUCUAAAUACUAUAUUAGGGUGUUUUCAACAUUAACAAUCUUAUUGCUUGUCAAAAUCCUCCUGUAUGUUUAUGAAAAAAUCCAGUAUUUGUUGAUACGUUUUCUGUAGAAACAUGAUUGACAUUAAAGUGAACUAAAAUGAUUAGAAAGCUGAAUUUAUUAAAGCUUAAGUGUGACAGUACGCUUAACUAUUAAGUGCAGCUGCACUUAAAUGUCUUCCAUUUAUCAUUUGGUGCAUAUUUUAUUAUUAUUUUUACUAUUGUUGAAUGUUUGUUUUUACAGAUGCUUUUAUCAACUACAGCAGAAAAUGUGAUAUCCUUCCAUCCCUAUAAACCUUGUAAUGGCCUGUUUUGUCUUCAAUUUUGGAAUGUGCUAAAAACAGUCGCAGGGGUGAAAGGAUUUCACUAUAUUUUAGCAUUUAGCUCAUGCAUUUAUAUUUCAAAUCAUUUUUAAUAGCAUUAAAAUUUUUGAUUGCCAUUAAACAUCAUUUUAAUGUCAUUAAUUAUCAUAUUUUAAUGGCAGUUAAAAGUAUAACAGUGGUAUGAAUGUAUGGAUUAAAUGUAAAGCAGACAUUUUUGUCAUUUAUGCUUCCAUGAAAUAGGAGACGAAAAGCAUUUCGUUCAAAAUAAGUAAACUAUUACAAUUAUUCAAGGCUAUAGCCACAAAGUUAAUGCACUGAAUUUUUUCCUAUGCCCAGUUUAGUUGAGAACAGAUUUGAAACUAAAACAAUAAUAGAAAAAAAAUGGAAGUUGAUUAUCAAAUUUUAUCUAAACCAAGUAAAAUUUCUUGAAUAGCAUAAGUUUAUUUUCAUUGUUGAAAUGUUUUACCAGAAGCAAGCUUUAUUAAACAUGUACAAAGUUGAAUUGUGCUAGCGUUUUUAAAAGUCAAAAUAAGGCAGUAUUUGCUUAAUGCCCAAAUUCAUGGGAAAAAAAUCUACAGAAGUGCUAUUGUUGUUAAAUUAUUCAUACAUAUGCUUCAGUAGCUGGACAUGUAUUAUGAAUAUUCUGCCAUGUGCAGCAUUUCCAGUUUUCAACAGAUAGUGAACUUACCUUUCGAAACUGUCUGAUUAUAGGGUUCAGUAGAUUUCAAGGUUCUUAUGCUCUAAAGUGUGCUAUAUUUAACAAGUUCUGUUGACCAUUGAGAUAAAAACUAUGCAAUUGUUUUAAUGCUAAUUCAUUUUUACAUGUAAAUUAUUGAGAUUUUUGUGCCUUAAUUUCAUAUUGAAUCGAUUUUUGUACCGGUAAAUGUGCUGUAUAUACUCGUAAUGGGGAAAACUUGUUGUUGUUAAACAUGGACUUGUUGCUUAGAACCUAAUGAUAGGUCUCUUGGAUGGUCGAUUUAGAUAUACUUUUCUUCAAAUCAGCUUUCGGUACAAGUCAUAUGAAAGGAAUAAUAGCUUAGUCUAAUUUUUGAUAUAGAGACUAGCAUUUUAGAAUGAAUUGCCCGCUGGUUAUCACCAAUGGGUUGUUUUCAAAAGUAUUUGAUCGAAAACUUAAUUUACCCUUCAUUAAGGUAAUUGGACCAUUAUGGCAAUCUGGAUUCUCUCAUGAUUACAUAUUUUCUUAUUUCUUAUUUUCUGCAUCUUCGGGCCAUAAGAGUAGAUGGCUUUUCGUGACUGAAGAAAGCUGAAAUCACGUAAGAAACUGAAAGCAAGGAUUGUUGUUAUGGGUGCACCACCUGAAUAUUUGAAGUGGUAAAAUUACUGUCCAUGAUUUGUAUAAAACUACCAAAAUCAUAGAGCCUCUACUUAAAGAAGCAUUUGUGUUUAUAAUGAUCUAUUGAUACAGAAAACAGCUCAUUGACAAAAAAACCUGUCAUUAGUAUCUAAGUUUCAUUCAUUGACAUAAAAAGUGCUAAUUGUUUACAUAAUUAUGUUUUUGUCACAUAAAUUUUGUUUUAAUGUUUCUGACAUACGAGGUUGCUGACCAUUGCAUUCUUUUCUUUAGCGGUCUUGCAGUGAUCUGAGUAUUUUUAUUUUGUUUUUAUGUCUUUUGGCAGUCACAGAUUUUUAGAGCUAACCCCUGACCCAUAUGGAAAUUAAAAAGUUCCAUAUGAUUACACACCUUUCAUUUACAGCAAAUUACAAAAAAAAAAAUGAAAUUGGUAAAUGAAGAAAUCUUAAAAAAGAAGUCCGUAUAUAGGAUUGAAGUAAGUACCGGUAAUAAUAAAGUAAAGCUUCACAUCAACAUUUUACUGUGUUACUAACACACUAAAUGACUUAUCUACAUAUUUUACGGACUUAACAAGAAUUGUUUUUUAUAAAUACUGCUAAGGACUCGAAGCAUUUUGUUUUUUGUUUUUAAAUAUAUUUACAACAGACUCUGCUUUAAACAAACUGAAAGUACUUCAUAACUUUUGAAAUUUUGAAAAAAAUGACAUUUAACUUUAAAUGUAAAUUAAAGACUUUAUUUUUAGUCGCAAAUUUCAUUUAAAAUAAAAAGACCACUGUCUUUUAAUUCAAAACAUGUAAUGGUUAGCACAAUAGUGUUGUUUAAUACUAUUUACAUUUUGUUUUUAUUUCAGCCCAUGUUGAUGCUACAUUACUCAUUAUGUUUUGUACAAUUGUUAAGUCUAGAUGGAUGUAUUACAUAGCAAAUAUAUAUAUUUCAAACAGA